GAGGAGCAGCAGCAGCAGCAGCAGGAGCCGCCGGAGCCGCCGCCGUGCAGCCGCAGCCAGCCGGCCGCAUGUGCGAAGUGGGGACGCGGCCGCCGCUGGCCGCCGAACGCGGGGAGCCGCCCGGGGGUGGUGCCGCCGCCACCGCCGAAAGGUGCCGAGACAUGGGAGAACAGCCCAUCUUCACCACCAGAGCCCAUGUCUUCCAAAUUGACCCCAGCACAAAGAAGAACUGGGUCCCCGCAAGCAAGCAGGCUGUAACUGUUUCCUACUUCUAUGACAGCACGAGAAACAGCUAUCGGAUUAUCAGUGUGGAUGGAGCCAAGGUGAUCAUAAACAGCACAAUCACACCUAACAUGACCUUCACUAAAACAUCACAGAAGUUUGGCCAGUGGGCAGACAGCAGAGCAAACACUGUCUUUGGCUUGGGCUUUCCCUCCGAGCAGCAGCUGACAAAGUUUGCAGAGAAAUUCCAAGAAGUAAAAGAAGCUGCCAAACUAGCAAGAGACAGAUCCCAAGAGAAAAUUGAGACCUCAAGCAAUCAUUCACAGGAAUCUGGACGGGAAACACCAUCUUCCACUCGAGCAUCCAGUGUGAACGGGACAGAUGAUGAGAAAGCAUCACAUGGGGGUCCUGCUGAGGCACAUCUCAAGUCUGAAAAUGAUAAAUUAAAAAUUGCUCUAGCCCAAAGUUCAUCCAACGUGAAGAAGUGGGAGACGGAGCUGCAGACGCUGCGGGAGAGCAAUGCGCGGCUGUCCAACGCCCUGCAGGAGUCUGCGGCCAGCAUCGAGCACUGGAAGAAGCAAUUCUCAGCCUGCAAGGAGGAAAAUGACCAGCUGAGGAGCAAGAUUGAAGAACUGGAGGAACAGUGCAAUGAAAUAAAUAAAGAGAAAGAAAGAAAUGCACAGCUGAGUAGACGUCUCCAAGAACUGGAAACAGAACUUCAGGACAAAGAGCUGGAACUGGAAGAGCUCCGAAAGCAGGGUGAAGCUAUACCACAGCUAAUGUCAGAAUGUGAAUCUGUAUCUGAACAAUUACAGGAUGCAGAGAAAAAGAACAAAGAUCUUGAAGAGAAAGUCAGAACUCUAAGGACAGAAGUUGAAGAGAGUAAACAUAGGCAGACCAACCUUAAAACUGAGUUAAAGAAUUUUUUAGAUGUACUGGACGGGAAGAUAGAUGAAUUACAUGAUUUCCGACAAGGACUGUCUAAACUUGGGGUUGACAAUUAGAUGGCAAUAGAUUUUUUUUUUUUUAUUUGUAAUCUAGGGUCUGGAUGUUUGAUGUUUGUUGAUCCCAAAUGUGUGUUUUACAAAAUAUAACUAGAACGUUCCACUUGUUUGCAUUGUUUCUGUACAUAGAGGCUAAAAAUCUGCCGUGGGGUUGUUUGUUUGUUUUACUUUUGUUGUUGUUUGUUUCUUCGUUUUCCAAACGAAUCGUGCUGCUCACUGAUUUCUGUGGAGAAUUGGAACUUUCUGUAUUACGGCUCUGGCUUUGUGGAGUUGGGAACAGGUAGAGGGUUCUGUCUCAGGAAUCUGGAACUAGAUCUACCUUAAAAUGAAUAUGCAGUUAGUUGUUGCAGGGAAAUUUAUAUCUUUCUUAAGGGCUGUCGCAACCAUAGAAACAGAAAACAAGUCUUUUUGCUUCUCCGGACUAUCAGCACUCCUAGCAACAUCCACUUUUAUUCCUUGGUGGAGCAAAAAGAAGAUUAGCUGGAGCUCCUGCAGUCUGUAAAAUGUGCCUGUGAUGAGCUGCAGUCAAGUGAAUCACUUCACACUGAUGCCGGUACCUUUAGGGACCAUGUGUCAAUCAGGCCUGAUUCACCAAAAAAAAAUCCAGUGAUUUCAGAUAACCUCCGAUACAGGUUGCAUGUGCUUGCCUGGACCCAAACAGCACAAAACCAACAAUGUAGAAAUGAAUUUCAGCUCUUCAAGUCAUGCAUCUUACCCAGUAGGUGAGGACAGCUUCUUUGGCUUAGCAAGAUCAUCUUUCUUUGGCCUUUUGAACUCAUGCAGUUCUGUCAUUAUGAAACUCUGAAAAAUGCCCAUCUGAGCCUUGGGACCAGAUAUUUAUUUAAAAAAACCUGUAUGUUUCUGGUUUGUGCACAGGGCACGUGCACCUCUGUGCACUGUUGAUUAACCUCUGCUGCAGUGAAGAAGGAGAUGUUGAUCUGAAAAGCAAUAUAAGGUUACUUGAAGGUAACCAGAAGCAAGUUUCUGCCCAGGAGGCUGAGCAGGGACAUGGCCGCAUGAAAUCCAAAUCCUUUCCCAUGGUUUCUGCAUUCUCACCUCCUGUACCUUUGACAGCAGGGUAGGAAUUAGUCACCAAGUUACACUGUCCAAGAAAAACACCCAAACCUGGAGGCAGAUUUGUUGUUAAAUUCUCAAACUGAUUAUUCAGCAGCUCUAAAUAUGUUUCUUUGAAAUGCAAGGUUGUAUGCUGGGCUCCAGCAAGCAGAAGUUCACUUCUUCACAAAAAGGGCCAGAAAGGAGAAUUUAGCCCAACUUUGCUCUUGCCCCUAUGACUACCUUCAGCUUCUUUCUCUUCUUUCUCUGUAAACUGGUUUGAAUCAGUUACAUGGGAUCUGAAUUAAUUCAGGAAACAACUUUUGCUUGUGUGACAUUAUUGUUUAUUUAAUUCAGAUAAAGUCUUAGUUAAAUACCACACUAGUGCAGUCCAGCACUGGCUGAGAGGAAAUGGCUGAGGUCCUUUUUCUUGUAUUUAGGGGCAUUUUCCUUUUCUUGGCACAUCUCAAUUAUAAAAGUGACCUUUAAAGAAAAGAUGUAUUAUAGAUGAAACAUGCAUAGGAUACUUCUUGCACGUCCCCAUGCUGGAGACAAUUUCUGUCUUUAAAUUUUCCUCGAAUUUUUUAUUUCAUCUGUUGCUGUUUUUUUAUCUUCAUUGCUUGUUUUUUAGACUGGUCUUUGUGUGGUUUUGAUUUUACUUCUUUUAAAUAACAGAUGUGAAGCUGAGACCUUUCAUAAACGUUAUGACCACUUAAAUCUCUUUUAAAAAAUUGAUGUAGGCUGUUGAUAUUUAAAAAUAAAAAUCAGGUACAUAGCAUGUAGGCGUGUGAAAAUUAGACUUAGCCAGCAUGGAAGAUUCACCAGUUGCAUAACGUGGGGUUAAAUCAGACUUCUCAAAAUUGAAAAUGACGUCAGAAACUGUGUGGUUGUGCACAAGCAAUCUCCAUUUUUAGUCUUUUUAGUUCAUAGCAAGUCAAAUGGAUGCCAACAUUUAACAGGCAGCUUCUUUUGCUUCUCCUCUGCUCCCGUGCUGCUUCAGAAUUCCUGAACUGCAGCCUGACCCUGCAUUAGCUGGGAGCCAGGGAAUAACACAACUAAGAGCUGCAAGCAAUACAAGUAGUCAGGGCCCUCAGGACCCUGAUCCAUCUUCUGUUUCCUUUUUCCUGUUAAGCAAUCUUCCUUCUUGGUUUUUAAUAUAAAAUAUGAUUUUUAACUUGAUUCUGGGUAGAGAGAUGCAAAAGACUUUGUGAACAAAUUAUAAUCCAGGUCUUUUUUUUCAACCUUAGACAGGUCUGUCUCAGAUCCAGUUCAUUAGGAUUGUAUUAAGCUACUCUUCACUUGCAAGAAGUUUCCAUGGAACUGCAUUGAUUUAACAGAUGAAGUUUAAUGCUGGUGCAUUAAACCUGUGCAGAGCUCUGACAUGGGUGGUUAUUUCUGGGUGCUUCUUACCAACCAGAGGAGUGAUGGGGUGUCCUUAGAGGAAUCCCUGCCCUGUCUUUUCUGGUCUUGCCCCAAAUGUAUGUUUUCCUUAUCUACUCUUGCUCUGAUGUUGAAUUAUUGUCAGCUCUGUAUACAGUUUUGUGUCUGUACACGGCUGUGUGCUGUGGGGAAAUGCCAUCAUUCAAGCAUCCAAGGCCUUCUAUCUCUUUUUUUCCUUCCCAACAGCAGUAAGUUGAGAGCUUCUAUGUCUAAGUGCUUCAAAACCUCCCCCAGACUCCAUAUCUUUUAAUUUUUGCUCUCUUUCAUUCUGUUUUUCCUCUUCAAAAGCCAAAAGCUUGCUAGGAAGAGGUGGUGCAUGCUCUCAGGAUUGUUGGGAUGCCAGCUGCAGCUCUCUGGCCUGCCCCAUGCAUCUGCAGAGCAGGGACUAUCAGCAUCACACACUGCUUAUGCCUUGAUGCUUUGUGGGGCCCAGAAAUAAAUAGCACCAGUGUGCCAAACUUCUCCUCAGGGCCUCGUCCCAGCAUCAAAACACCUCCUCUUGCCUGCUAGGAGCACAGGGGUGGCCAGCCCUCCCGUGCCAAAAUACUCUGUCUGUCCUAUGGGUGCAUUUGUCCCACCAUCUGUGAAGGUUGCCAGGAGAUGGGGUCAGCUGGCUGCUGCUCACUUAGGGAUGGCCCCAAACACUGCUAUGGCCAAGAAACACUCAUCCCUGUCCAAGAAAGGGUCUGCAGAGCUUGGUUAUAUUUGUUAUUAAAAUCCAGUGCUGGACAAACCCUGGUUUCUCCACACCAUCAGCAGUGACUUGAGUCAUUGCUCCAUUUCGAUCAGGCCUGAGCAGAGGGUUCCUUACAGGAGGACAAUCAUGGGCAACUGGGGGUUCUCUUUCUGGGCACAGGUUUCUCACUCUCUAUGGUUGAUGGCAGGAUCUACCCUACCUCAGUUACAUGGUCUUUCAUUAACUAAAGGUCUGGUGCUUGGUGCUUCCCAUGCUGCUACCUGCCAGCUGCACCACUGUGGUUCCCACCACGCUGCCCAUCCUGCCUGACUGGCCCUGGUGGCAUCAGCAAACUGGUGGCUCUUGGAGCAAACAUCUCUGCUGGCCUCUUCUGACAGCAGGUUAAAGAAUAUCCUACUGCUUUCUGGGCUUUCCAGUGAGAUGUUCCUUUGAGGUGGUGUUAGAGCUGCUGAAUAAUGGUGGGAAGUUCCUUUUCUGAUGGCCAAAAUGAGGAAUAAAGACUUUGUAUUAGCACAAAACCUCAAAAUAUUCAGUGACAUGAAAAUAUAUUGAAAUAAUUGUUUUCAAAAGCAGUGUUUCAGUAGACAUGUUAUUUCACAUUUUGGAAAAUGAGCACCUGUGAAAUAAUUUAUUUCAAAAUGAAAAUGAAACAUUGCUUCAUACCCCAAAAUGAAAACAGGUUUCAUUUGGCUUUUUUCCUACCUGGCUGAAUUUUUAUUUGCUGAAUUCAGCUUAGCUUCACAACUAGUUUUGUUUGGCCUAAGUGUGCAUUUUCAGCAAAAUUAGUAGUUUCCAGUGUUGUACUGUAUGUGCCUAUUUGGUGUCUCCUUUACUAAGGGAUUUCACUGGAAGAAAAUUGUCUUUUCUGUAAGAAAUUCAAUGCCACCUUCCACUUUCUAUAUCCUAGUCCUCUAAAGAUGCUCUUUUUUAAAAAUAAUUGUGCACUGGGUGCAUCUGUGCCUGGAAAAGAAACAUUAUUUAGACAAUUUUUCUAUUUAAGCCCCCUAUUUUGUUUUUAUCUGAGAAAUUUAGGGUGAACAUUUUCUAAAGCUGCUCAAUGAAUUAAGGAGAAUGGGAAGGGUUUCUGUUCCUCCUGCUGCCCCCACCACUGCUGUUGCUUUUGAAGAACAUCAGCAAAAGCAUUUGUGGUGUUUGCCCUGUGAUUGCUCAGUAGCUCUCUGGCCAUGGGCAGAGAGAGCCCCUGUCCCCCUCUCAGCAGGGCCCAAAUUAUCCAUAAGCAGCACUCUGCUAUUGCACUUUUUUUCUCCCAUGCAUUCAUCUUCCUUAAUUAAUUUCUUGCCACCUCUGCUCCGUGAAUGGUUGAAGGAAGAGUCCCUGUUCCUGCCACUGCCUCGUAGUGGUGGGAGCUGCUCAGCUCCAAGACUCUUUGCUAGGUUCUUCUGAAUAGGAUCUCUGCAAAACCCUUCAGAGUGUCAGGGGCUUGUAAGGAAUAUAGUGUUGUCCUCCUGAGCCUAUGGAUUGGCAAAGAUAAAACUGCUGUCAGGGAUGAAUGCCCUGCUUGGCAUCAAGUGUGGCUGAUGAUGGAUCCCAUGGGAAGGGGUGGAAGGGACAGAAGCAGAAUUUUGAUGCUCAUUUCAGCAGAAGCUUUGGUGAAGGAUGUGCUCUGCCCAUGAGCAGUGGAUGUGCCAAAGGUGUAGGAUUUGCCAGUCUGAACUGUGUGUGAACUGAGCUCCAGCUCAUCCACAUUGUCUGGGCAGUUCUGGGCUUGCCAAGCCUGUAAAUAUCAAAAAGUUCCUCAGCAUAUCACAAAGGUGGUAAGGUGAGGGAUGGAAGGCAGGUAUCCACACACAGCUGAGCAGCACCAGUUUAUAGUCAGAUACUUCCCAACAAAAAUGGGGGAAGCUGUUACCCCCCACACACCCCAGGCUGAGCAGCAGCAGAGCCCUGGCAGUGUUCAGGGCUCCCAGGGCUGCUGGUGUGCAGGAUUUAGAAACAGCCAAGCACAGAGCUACCCUAAGGUGAUUUGGCUUUCCAUGGACCAGUUCAACAAGCACCUGUGUGUCCAGCAAAGCAAUACAUAGCCACGAGAUGGUUAAUCCAGACACCUUCCAGAUGGAGAGCUCUGGCCAAGGGCGUUGUGCCUGCACCCCUGGGAGCUCAUCAGUGCUUUGGGCUCAUUUCUGAAAUACAAACUUGACAGUUUCAUGAAGUUUAUGUGUCUUAAAUACUGCGGUCAACCAUAAAGUACCUGAAGUGAAAUACAGAGUUGGGUGAUGAAUAAUAAAUGGGAUGAAGGGGCUUCCAAAACAAGGGCUCUCCUGAAGGCUGUGGGCAGAGCUGGUCCUGGCCAGGAGAGCUUUGUGUGAGUCCCUGGAGGGAUGUUGGAUGUCUAACCUGGUUUACUUUCUACUAUGUUUUGUCUUAGCUCUUUUUCUUUCUUUCUUUCUUUCUUUUUUUUUUUUUUUUUUUUGUUUGUUUGUUCUUUCGUUGUUGUUUGUUUGUUUGUUUCAACAUACAUGCCUAAACAUACAGUCUUUGGAUGAAGGUGCCUAUACCUCCAAAAAUAUUAUAUGCACAUUUUGAAAUGGAUUUCUUUUUCCUUUCUGCUCAUUUAGUUACUUAAUAAAUAAUGACACAUACAAGAAAGACACUUAAGAAAAUCUGUCUGCUGUUAUAUUUCUGUUUGGAUUUGGUUUGGGUUUGUUUGGUUUGAUUUGGGGUUUUUUGUUUGUUUUUUAACACUGUUCAGCAAUAAUUAUUUUAGCCAUAUAUUAGCUAAAAGGACUGAUAAUAUAAGAUUUGUGAACUAAGCUUCUAAGUUUGUGGUACAUUGAUUAAUAACUUGGGUAUGUGAAAAGAGAGCUAUGUUCAACAAAAGAGUAUUUUGCAGCAUUUAGAUGUUUUCAUUUAAUUGCCUAAUAGUGAUCAUGAACAUUCAGUUCUAUAAACCUCAUCAUGAAUGACAAAGCACAUAAUUUUUAACAUGAAUAUAUCCCUUGUAGUUGAAAGUACUGAGAGUGUUUUAGUGUGGUCUGCUAGACCAAAAUAUUUAGAUUAUUAAGAGAUUUUAGUACUAAAGAUAAACAUACACCCUGUUUUUACUGUUUCCAGUAAAGUUUAGUGAAUGACUGACAAUUUGUUGAUAUACAACUGUGGGAAAACACUGCAGUGUUCUAAAUGUAGAUUUUUAUUUGGCUUUAUUAUAUUCAGUAUACAGUUUAAUGAAAACUGAGGUGUUUACUACAGUUGGAUCAUUGUACAAACAUCUCUUACCUCCUCCUUUUGUCUGCUGUGAAAAAAUACCUUCCUCUUCUUUUAUUUCUUUUCUUUUUUUCUUUUUUAUUCUUUUUUCAACUUGACCAUAGGCAGUCAAUGUUAACAGUUAGGCUCCUAGUAGCAGUAAAUGCUGGGUUUUAUAUAUAUAUAUAUAUAAAAGGAAAACUUGAUUUUUUUCUUUAUGAACUUAUAUAACUUUGUGAUUUUUAUCUGAUUUUAUUGUAACAUAAAGUUGUUUUAUGUAAAAAUAUAUAGUUUAAGUAAAA